AUGUUCCACCGUCGUCGCCCAGCUACCACCACUACGCGCGAGUCUAAGCCCACGCUGAUGACUCGUCUUCGUGGCCCCGGUGCUCGAAAGCAGACUAUCAAGACCAAGUCCACCACUACCCGUCACACACCGGCCACCACUACCCGUCACGCACCCUCCACUCACCGCACCACCAAACGACACUGGGGAAGCACUACCCCUCAACAUCACCACCGCAAGGUUACCAUGGGCGAUAAGGUCUCUGGAGCUAUGUUGAAAUUGAAGGGAAGCUUGACUCAUCGUCCCGCUCUCAAGGCUGCUGGAACUCGUCGCAUGCACGGCACUGAUGAUCUGGGUUAUAACCUCUAUCAAGGGGUGUCGCUGCACAAUGAAGUGGACCAGUAUCUGGGGAUGAGAUAUGCGAAAGCUCCGGUUCAUGACUUGAGAUUCCGAUCACCAGAGGAUCCUGACGCUAACAGUAAGCUGUUUGACGCGUCAUCGUUCGGCCCCAUCUGUAUCGGCGUCGGACAGACUCCCAGCGAUUCUUUAUCAGAGGACUGCUUGUUCAUCAACGUCUGGAAGCCUGCAAACGCUUCCAGCGAUUCGAGUCUCCCCGUGUGGUUGUUCAUCCAGGGCGGCGGAUAUGCAAAUAACGCCAAUGCGAACUACAACGGGAGUGAAGUUGUUGAGCAAUCGGGACACGACAUUGUCUUCGUCAACUUCAACUAUCGAGUUGGUGCUCUGGGCUUCCUUGCAAGUGAGGCUGUGCGUCAGAAUGGCAGUCUCAAUGCAGGGCUGCUCGACCAGCGUAAGGCGCUCCACUGGGUUAAAAAGUAUAUUCGACAUUUCGGCGGGAACCCAGAUCACAUCGUGAUCCAUGGCGACUCGUCGGGAUCUGGCUCUGUCGCGCAUCAUCUUACUGCAUACGGUGGUCGCAAUGACAAUCUUUUCAUCGGAGCAGUAGCCGAGUCAACAUUUUGGCCAACCCAGCGGACUGUUGCAGAAAUGGAGUUUCAGUACCAACGAUUCGUAAAGGAUGUCGGUUGCGAUGAAGACGAAGAGUCCCUUUCCUGUCUACGCUCGGCUCAUAUCGACACCAUUCAGACAUACAAUGUUGAUGAGCCUUUCCCUGGUGGCAGUGACGACCCUGCUCCGUUGUGGUAUUUUCUUCCAAUUGUGGAUGACGAUCUAGUCCACGAUCGCUUGUACAGUUCGUUUGAACAGGGCAAACUCAUUCAUGUACCUCUCAUUGUCACCGACGACGACAACGAAGGGACCGAUUUUGCAUAUAACGCGACGAGUCAGUCCGAGGUGGCACAGUUCAUGAAGAACAACUACCCAGGAUUGAGUCAUGUCCAGCUCGAUACCAUCAGCAAGGCUUAUCCACGUAUGGACCCUCUUCCAAAACAUGCCGCAUACUUCCCAUCCGCAGCUGCAGCCUACGGAGAGGCAACAUUCACCUGCCCAGGGAAUCACAUGGCUGCCAGCAUGUCUCGAUAUUUUUCAUCCGACAAGGUCUGGAACUACCGCUUCAAUGUACAAGACCCAACUGAGAUCGCAAACGGGAAGGGAGUACCCCACGUCUUCGACCUGCCUGCCAUCUUCGGGGUAGGAGAAACCAAUGAGCCCACUUACUCUUAUGCCAACAUCAACUCUGCGAUUAUCCCCAUCACCAUGGACUACUAUCUUAGCUUUAUCAAAGCGCUUAAUCCAAACGAGUAUCGGAAUGAGGAUGCGCCCAUGUGGAAUCCUUGGGGAGAUGGCCAGGGACAACGCUUGAAGCUAGAAACUAACUCAACAAACAUGGAAAUAGUUCCUAAGCAACAAACGGAGCGAUGUGAAAUGUGGAUGAAGCUCGCCCCGGCCAUGGAGCAUUAA